AGAUCGUCAGUUUCCGACGAACUAAACGGGACCAUACCACGCGAAACGUAUCCUACAUGUCUUUUGUUAGGAUGGUGUUUUCUUUUGUAUGAGUUAUCCACAACCAUUUGAAAAAUUUAUAAAUGUUAGCAACGGAGACGCGAUAAGAAGGGAAAACCGUUACGGAUAGGGUUCGUUCUGUGACACAUGUGCGAAGGCUUCUCGUGAAGCCUAAAUUAUAUCUUUCUGAGAAGUUUCGAUAUUAUCAGUGCUAUUAUGGUUGCGAUGGGAAUAAAAACCAUCCUGGUUUGUUUGUUAAUAAAUUUAGGACCGCCCGUAAAUAGCUUCGAUGCCAUGAGUAUCAUGGAUAUAAAGGAUAUGUUAAGAUUCGGCCGCGAAACAUUGGUAGAUAUUCUCGAAUCGUGGGAGAUGAUACGCCAUAAAGAACCCAACGAUGAGGAGAACAGUUUUCCAUUCGUUUAUAGAAUGGAGAAAGAACUGAGGAACCGCAUAUCAUUGGUAUCGAAUAAAAUCGAUCUUUAUCAAAUGAAAAUGGGAAUGCAUAUCGACUCGGUUCUAGCUAAACUGUUGACCGAUUUACCAUUACAAGAAAACCUAAACAAUAAAUUACAUUUGAUGGAUGGGUAUACUGGAAAGAUUAAUGAUUUAUAUGCUAAUUUUAUAUACUACUCCAAAUCGCCCAUAAAUUACGAGAAAUUCACGUUGGAGGAUUUUGCCGCAACAUGUGUUUCCUCUAGGUCGGAUGCUUUACCUGAUAUUUUAAAAAGUAUUCACAGACUGUUAGUCCCCUCAAACGACCUAAGCGGCAGCAUCCUCGUAUUAUUGGCGAAGCAGAUGAACGAGGCAGCAUCGCAAAUUUGCAGUGAAAAUCAAUCUCUCCAACAACUGCUCUACAACUUAUAUGCCACGGUUACUCUUGCAGAAAUUCAAGGCUACAGCAUGAUUCAAUUCUCCUACAUGUUGCUGAGAAUGUAUAAUCGAGGUUCUAACUUCACCGAAGAAAUGGAGCUUGUGAAGCAACAGUAUGCGGUAAGAACGUCCGAAACUGUAAGAGCCGUGAAAACCGCCAUGGCUUUUGCACCCAGAGAACUCUGGAUGUGCGACUCAGGGAAUCAAAAAUCAAAUAAAACGUACACACAACUAACACAACUAUUUCAAGGAUUCAUCGUAAACGAAGUAGAUCUGAAUGCACAGAAAUCUUGUAGAGAAAAUUGCGCUUAUUACAGUUACACGAAGGUACACGGAUGCUAUAUGAAUCAAUAUUGUGCCCAACAACCGAAAUGUAACGGCAAUGUAAUAAAUUGCGAGUUUGUCGAUUCCGACAUGUGGGUGUGUCCUGCGUCCAAGAACAGCAAUCGACGAUAUGAAUACGUGGAAUACGAGAACGGUAAAAUUUUUGGCAAUAAGGGUACAUGCAAAAACAGUUUAACCAAAGUCGACAGUUGGUGGCGUUGGAUUUUCUGGCAUUGCAGCUAUUGUUUCUGUUACUGUGACAAUCACAACGCAAAAUCCGACCGGUAUUUCAGUUUGCACGAAGUUACGUCCGACACGGCGAACAACAAAGUUGUAACGGGAAUUGCAUUGAAGAAAGUAAAUCAGAUAAUACAUAUACAAAUACAAGAAGGUCAACUAUUAGAACGUGGUACCAUCAAUAAAACAACUGUUGCAUGGAAGCCUAUCAAACCAUUUUCUAUAUUGGAUAGAAAUGUCAGCAAUGGCGUUGACUAUCAUACUCUAGUAUGGGAGAAGAGAGGCUUGGAUCUGGACGAUUUAAUGGCAGAUCAAAAUCACCUUGUGACAGGUCUUAAGUUUCGAACAAUUGGAUCUCGAUUGAAUCUAGAAAUACAGGUGACACCGUUCAACUUCACGACAGGGGAAUUGAUGCAGCCAUCUAUAAACAGUUUCUGGAUAAGCAACGAUGCUACCGACAGGGCGGAAUUGCAGUUGAAAAAUCCUGAUAUACCAACGCGAAUGCAACUGCCGUCAUUGCCGGACUCGAAGAAAGAUCAGUACGUGAAUUUUGCGCCCAGCGAUAGACAGAUGGAUGCUGCACAAAAUACAAUACCAUUUAUCGAUAUUCAACCGGUGGAAUCGAAACCACCGGUUCCAUUGGCGGGUGCCGGAGUUUUUCACAAAGGCAGAUCGGGAUCAGGAGGCUUUGUGGCUAUGAAACUAAUUACGUACGACUUCGCGCCGCAUUUGACGGUUGAUUUGCCACCGUCGCCGCCAGUUAUUAAUUCUCUCCCGUUAAGUGAAAUAGCUGUAGCAUGAAAUCACUGAUAUCCAUACAAACGACGUUCGUAGAUAUUUUUUAUAUGUUACUCCGAUAUUCGCGUGCUCUCCAUUAAAUCGUAAUGAAACAAUGGAAUUUUUAAUUCGUUUCGACAUGCA